CCGACUGCAGGAGCCCAGCACUGCAGGGAGGAGAGGCUGGGGCAGAGGGUGAGGGCGGAGGGCGCUGGCGGCGAAAGCCGCGGAAGACCUGAUGGGGGCUGGGAAUGCAGUUCAGUGAUAGACUGCUUGUCUAGAGCCAGGGCCCGGGUUCCAUCUCCAAGGCGGAGAAAGUAAGGCCCAUCACGUCAUCACUGGUCCACAGCUCUUAUUUAAGACAAGGCCACAUGCAUCCUAAGCCUCUGGAUUGCCGUGAUUACAGCUUUUCUCCCAGGUGUGUCUGUGUUUCUGCUUUACUGGUUCUGUCGCCAAGCUGUCUGUACCUCAGUGUUCCUCUGCCUGAAUCCCCUGCUUCGUCUUGUCUCUGGCCACACAAGGACUUGUAACCCUGCUAUGAUGCUCAUCUGUCAUUGCCAAGAGCUCCUAUGCACUCCCCAUGAUGAGCAGCAGCUGUUCAGGGCUGAGCAGGGUCCUGGUGGUUGUGGCUACAGCCCUGGUGUCUUCCUCCUCCUCCUGCCCCCAAGCUUGGGGUCCUCCAGGGGUCCAGUAUGGGCAGCCUGGCAGGCCCGCAAUGCUGUGCUGCCCUGGAGUGAGUGCUGGGACACCAGUGUCCUGGUUUCGGGAUGGGGAGUCAAGGCUGCUCCAAGGACCUGAUUCUGGACUAGGACACAGACUGGUUUUGGGCCAGGUGGACAGCACCAGUGAGGGCACUUACAUCUGCCAGACGUUGGAUGGUGCAUCUGGGGGCAUGGUGACCCUGAAGCUGGGAUUUCCCCCAGCUCGUCCCAAAGUCUCCUGCCAAGCAGUAGACUAUGAAAAUUUCUCCUGUACUUGGAGUCCGGGCCAGGUCAGCGGUUUGCCCACCCGCUACCUUACUUCCUACAGGAAGAAGACCCUGCCAGGAGCUGAGAGUCACAGGGAAAGCCCAUCUACAGGGCCUUGGCCAUGCCCUCAGGACUCUCUAGAGGCUUCCCGAUGUGUAGUUUAUGGGGCAGAGUUCUGGAGCGAGUACAGGAUCAAUGUGACUGAGGUGAACCCACUGGGAGCCAGCACAUGCCUACUGGAUGUGAGAUUACAGAGCAUCUUACGUCCUGAUCCACCCCAAGGACUACGGGUGGAAUCAGUACCUGGUUACCCGAGACGCCUGCACGCCAGCUGGACAUACCCUGCCUCAUGGCGUCGCCAACCCCACUUCCUGCUCAAGUUCCGGCUGCAGUACCGCCCAGCACAGCAUCCAGCAUGGUCCAUGGUUGAGCCCAUUGGCUUGGAAGAGGUAAUAACGGAUGCUGUGGCUGGGCUGCCCCAUGCAGUACGAGUCAGUGCCAGGGACUUCCUGGAUGCUGGCACCUGGAGUGCCUGGAGCCCAGAGGCCUGGGGUACUCCCAGCACUGGUCCCCUGCAGGAUGAGCUACCUAAUGGGAGACAGGCACACAAACAGCAGCAAGAGACAGUAGCUCAGGACAGUCUCACUUCUCCAAGGCCUUCCUCGCAGCCAGGCUUGAGGCCACUUGUUAUGUGUGGCCUUCUCAGAUCACAGGGACCCAUUGGAGCAAGUGGCUGUGUUGGCAUCUUUGGGAAUCUUCUCUUUCCUUGGCCUGGCUGUUGGAGCCCUGGCACUAGGGCUCUGGCUGAGACGGGGUGGGAAGGAUGGCCCUCAGAAACCUGCAUUCUUGGCACCAAUGAUUCCAGUGGACAAGCUUCCAGGCAUUCCAGACCUGCAGAGGAGCCAGGAGAACUUCAGCUGAUUUCUCCUGUAACCCUGUCAGACUGGGGGAGUCAAAUGGACAGGCAGAGAGGCAGAGCACUGGAAGCCCAUGGAGGGAGGUCUCGGCGGGAAGCCUGGAAGCCCUGCUCUGUGAGACACUACACUCCAACCUUGCUGCCAGCUGCUCGUGCUCUGGACCUCUGACGUCACCCUUGAGGUGGAGGUCUACCCAAGGGAUGUGUACAGAUGUGCAUGUCUGUGUAUGUGUGACUGUGUGUAUGUAUGUAUAUAGAUGAUUGGAGAGUGUGUGUGGUCUUGGCCUUGGCCCUUAUGGGGACUGUGAAGAGCUGAAACAGAGACGGAAGAAGUUUUUGGAUA